AGUCGCUGUGGUACCUGGGCACGGACUGCCGUGGCAGCCUAGGCCUCCAAUGCCGGGACCCCAGCCAGGUCUUAGGUCGGGGGCUGAGGGAGCCAUGUGGCCAGAACAGAGGAGCCCAGGGGCUCUGGGCAAGCACGAGGGCAGGGCUGGCGGUGGGGGCACCCCUGGGCUGGAGGCCUCAGUGGGAAUGGGAAGCCACAUGUGCCCAGCUGGGGUACAGUCCCAGCUGAUGCCCCAGAGGGGCCACCCAUCUCAGCAGGGGCUUUGGGCCCUGCCUUCCCUCUCCAUGGCGCAUGGGCCAGAACCUGAGGCCGAAGGAUUGCUAGACCUCAGCUUCCUGACGGAGGAGGAGCAAGAGGCCAUUGCUGACGUCCUCCAACGAGAUGCCCUCCUGCGCCAGCUGGAGGAGGGGCGGGUCAGCAAGCUCCGGGCCUCGCUGGCAGACCCUGGGCAACUGAAGAUUCUGACAGGGGACUGGUUCCAGGAAGCACGCUCCCAACGGCACCACAAUGCCCACUUUGGUUCAGACCUCGUCCGCGCCUCUAUCCGUAGGAAGAAGAGCCCCCAGGGAGACCAGGCUCCAGGCAGUGACAGGGAAGCUGAGGCUGCUGGGAAGGAGACUGAAGAGGAGCCAGAGCCGAGGCUCCCCACAGAUGAGGGUCCCCAAGAGAGGCUCAGCGAGACUGAGGAACCUGAUUUCCCACCGCCAUAUGUCCCGGUAAAGGCUUCAGGUCAUGAAGAGCCCCAGGCCCAGGAAGCCCCUGGCCAAGGGGGCGUGCAGGUCUACGCCGAGGAGGCGGACCCGGAGCUGGAGCCCGCGUCGGGUGGAGGGCAGGAGCCGCGGUCUACCCCAGCCCAGACCAAGGCCGCAUCAGACAUCCUGGAGAACGGGGAGGCGGCCUCGGGGUCCGGCCCCUCACUCGACCGCAUGCUCAGCAGCAGCUCCUCCGUGACCAGCCUUAGCUCCUCCACGCUGAGCGGCAGCCUGAUGAGCCUGUCGGGGGAGGCGGAGGCGGUGCAGGUGCGCGGCUCGGUGCACUUCGCGCUGCACUACGAGCCGGGCGCCGCCGAGCUGCGCGUGCACGUGAUCCAGUGCCAAGGCCUGGCCGCCGCCCGGCGCCGCCGCUCCGACCCCUACGUCAAAGGCUACCUCCUCCCUGACAAGCAGAGCAAGCGCAAGACGGCCGUGAAGAAACGGAAUCUGAACCCGGUCUUCAACGAGACCCUCCGGUACUCCGUCGCGCAGGCCGAGCUCCGGGGCCGCGUGCUGAGCCUGUCCGCGUGGCACCGCGAAAGCCUGGGUCGCAACAUCUUUCUGGGCGAAGUCGAAGUGCCCCUGGACACGUGGGACUGGGACUCCGAGGACACCUGGCUCCCCCUGCAGCCCCGGGUCCCGCCCUCUCCCGACGACCUUCCCAGCCGCGGGCAGCUCUCUCUGUCGCUCAAGUACGUCCCCCCCGGCUCCGAGGGCGCGGGACUGCCCCAGAGCGGGGAGCUGCACUUCUGGGUGAAGGAAGCUCAGGACCUCGUACCGUUGCGCGCAGGAUCCCUGGAUACUUACGUGCAGUGUUUCGUGUUGCCUGAUGACAGCCGGGCCAGCCGCCAGCGUACGAGGGUGGUGCGACGCAGCCUCAGCCCAGUGUUCAACCACACCAUGGUUUAUGAUGGCUUUGGGCCUGCUGACCUGCGCCAGGCCUGUGCUGAGCUCUCGCUCUGGGACCAUGGGGCCCUGACCAGCCGCCAGCUCGGGGGCACACGCCUCAGCCUGGGCACCGGCAGCAGCUACGGGCUACCGGUGCCCUGGAUGGAUUCCACACCUGAGGAGAAGCGGCUGUGGCAGGCCCUCCUGGAGCAGCCAUGUGAGUGGGUGGAUGGGCUUCUACCCCUCAGGACCAACCUGGCCCCCAGGACAUAGCCCUUCCAAGCCUUUCUCUCUGCACCCCCACCUUGGAGCCUGCCCUUGGCUAAAGUCAAUAAAGUCUGUUCUAAGGGUAA